AUGUUUUCGAUACAACUAGAUACAACUCAGGAUAUUUCUGUGCAAGAUCAAUGUACUGUUGUGGUAAGGUAUGUAAAUUCAAAAGGUAUUCAAGAAAUGUUAUUAUCAGUUGUAACCAUACAAAAAUCAACUGGUAAAAGUUUUGCUGAUAUGUUGUCUAAUAUUCUUACUGAAAGUGACUUGGAUGUUAAGAAGUGUAUUGGUAAUGCUACCGAUGGUGCUGCUAAUAUGCAAGGGCAAUUUAAUGGUUUUUCAGCGUGGCUUGAAAAAUUGUCUCCUAAUCAAGUCCACAUUUGGUGUUAUGCCCAUAUAUUAAAUUUAGUAGUCAUAGAGUCUACAAUAUCCCCACUCAAUGCAGCAGCUUUAUUUGUAACAUUGAACGAUGUAGCUAUAUUUUUCAAGGAAUCAUAUAAGAGGAUGAAUACUUGGGUCGACGUAAUAGAGACAAAUGAUAAAAGACGAUUGCAAGCAAUCGGUAACACACGAUGGUGGUCCAAGGAAAAAGCUCUAACACAUAUUUUUGGUGAUGAAGGUUUAUAUUUGUAG